GCGACUCCACGGUUCAUUCUAAUUCGUUUUUUAGGUCCUCGAAGAGUGUGGCUGCAAACUUUGAUCAUGAUCUUUCCCAAUACUCGGCAACUCACGGAACAGCAGAAAAACAUCCGGACGUACCAACCUCUUCAUGUCGCGAAGGAGGAGCUUGCCUUACUGAAGGACCAGGCCUUAAUGGUGUCUCUUGCCAAAGAGCAUAGUUUUGCUGCUGCACGAUCUGUCUACGAAAAAGGAGCGCACUGUCAACCUUUCGCUACCUUGUCGCUGACAAAUUCGACCAGAGUUCGCAUUCAAGAAUUCACACACGUGUCCGGUACGACCAUGCAAGGUGAUCAAGUCUCAGGAUUUACCCGCAACUCCUACAAAAUAGGGACAACUAAGAUACAAGUGCUGUAUGAUGAAGACCAGUUGGUUCCUGCCACUUGCGAGUUUGGGGGAAAUCCCGAGCCUGUUUUGGACGGCUGUUUGGAAGGUACGGGUGAACUCGUUUUGGCUGACGAGCAGGGAACUACACUCCGUUACGUGUACAAUCCUAACGCCGAUAAUGCCUACGGUCGGACUAUUCAGGGCUUGAGUUUACACGCGGACCGGCGCUUUCGAAUGUCCCAACAUGCCCCCGUUCCAGCUUCCCUGUCGCCGCCGAUCGAAUACUACGGUCAAGCGUCGUAUGCGGAUGAAAUACUACAAAUUUUGCUCCUCUCAUCCUCAACAGCUGGAGCUUCAAAUUCGACCAAUUUUCGCCGAGGUAACUUGGAUUUUAGUUCGAUUGUCAGCAGUGACGCGCGAGCGGCCGCAAUUGCCUCAGCGACUGGGCUGCUCACCUUGGGACACUACCUUGUGCGUGAUUUAGAAAUGGCUGUAUACCAAUGUCUGAUAGAGGAUUCCGACCGCGCUCUGUUAGCAUUGGAUCAGGCCGUAGUCCUCUACGGAGCGAAUCCUAAUAGCCCUGAACACCUUACGGCCCAUUUGGCGGAUCAGCAAUGCCCAUCAUUUCGUACCUGUGCAGGAAAACGCGGGGUAGUCGGCCAAUCCAGGGUCAAUAGCGAUAUUCUUGAAACGAUUCUACCAGCGCUCCAAUCCGGUUUGGCUGCUCACCAGUGCAGCGUGGCGCGACGUGAAAAGGAACGUUUGACGGGAAUAAUCAAGGUUCCGCUGGUCCAGGCUGUACUGCAGUCCGCCUAUCAAAUGAGCUACCAGCCCGACAGCGCACAGGUCCACGCAGCACAAGCAGCAGUGUAUGUUGCUGCGCUGGUACCGUUUUUAGAUGAGUGUCAACCGCUAGAUGCUACGAUAUUGUACGACAGCUUGAAGGUCGGACACGACACGUUCUCGUUUAGCCAAGUCAAGCAAGCACUAGAGAGAAACUACGGGUGUUUGAAAGUAUCAUGUUCACAUGUUGGUGGAUUGUGGAAUAGCGAGAGCAAAACAUAUUUUGCGGGAGCUGAACCCUGCAUUGAUCCUGUAAAUGGCGAAGCCGAGGAAGACGGACGCGCCCAAAAGAGCUGGUCCAUAAUGCUGGGACUCGUGACCUUGUUUAUCUUGGGUUUCAUCUGGCAAAUACACCGUCGACGUCGGCGGCAAAGCGAGCGACAUACCCGACAGAGGAAAUCGUCUAAUCCAGAGUACUACGACGACAGCGAUUCCGAUUUUAGUGAUAGCGCCGAUGGUCGAUUUGCUUGACCAAGAACAUACCUGUAAAUUUAUUGGUAUGCUCAAAAUUAUACGGAAGAAUUUCAAAUGGAUUUGGAGAGACAGAUAUCUACACGUACAUGGCAUCUUUUGCAUUCGCAUGCAUUGGAACUUGAGCCGUAAACGAAUCCUCUCUAGAAAGAGACAGACUGCGAAGCUCUACGAGGGUCGCAAGAAAAUCUUUUAGUUAAUGUAUGUGCUCACGUGAUCCUCGUGUUGGUCACGAGACAAAUUGCUUCACUGUCCAUAAGUUUUGAAUAGUGUAACAUAAGUAUGUUGGUGU